CUCGAUGCCUCGCGCCGAGGGCGUUUCUCCAUCACGUUAGGGUGCGUUGGGCGGCGGCCGGGUAUAAAAGACUCCGCCCGAGCGGGCGGCCGCCAUUCUGGGGUUCGUUUAGAGGUUGAAUUUUCUCGGAGAAAGACAGGCCGGCCAUCAGGAAAACAAACAAGCCUCCGCAACAUCUUAAUCCCAUGAAAGGAUCCUGAGAGAGGGGGGAAAGGGAAAAGAGCAGCCACCAGCCCAACCACUUGUGUCUUCUACCCUUUCCCACCUAUUUGCCCACCCCACCAGCCCACGCUGCUUGGGACUUGAGAUCUGUGGCCGAAGGACCGUCACCACAUAACUGCAAAAAAUAACCACCCUCCCCGCCCAAACCCACCCAAUCUCACUCAUCCAGCAUUUCCUUUUUGGAAUCCACUCAGGAUUUUUUUCAACGACCCCCCCUCCCUAAAUGGAGUUGGGUGGGGGGAAUGUGAAUACUGAGUUGGUGUUUACUUUUUUAAGAGACUUUUUGAUCCAAUGAGGCCCCCCAAGUAAUUGAGUUUGGGUCCUGGUUGGUUGUUUUGUUUUUUUUCCUCCAAAAUUUUACCCCUCCCCCCCUGAGCCCGUGGUGCUGACGUCGCAAAAAAAUUGGAUAAAACCACCAACAUGGGUUCAGGUCCCAUAGACCCCAAAGAACUUCUCAAGGGCCUGGAUAGCUUCCUUACUCGGGAUGGAGAAGUGAAGAGUGUGGAUGGAAUUUCCAAGAUAUUCAGUCUGAUGAAGGAAGCGCGAAAGAUGGUGAGUCGCUGUACGUACCUGAAUAUCAUCCUGCAGACCCGGGCCCCAGAAGUGCUAGUCAAGUUUAUUGAUGUUGGUGGCUACAAGCUUCUGAACAACUGGUUAACAUAUUCAAAGACGACCAACAACAUUCCUCUCCUACAGCAGAUUCUGCUGACCCUGCAGCACCUCCCACUUACUGUGGACCAUCUCAAGCAGAACAACACAGCAAAACUCGUGAAGCAGCUGAGCAAGUCAAGUGAGGAUGAAGAGCUCCGGAAAUUGGCCUCAGUCCUUGUCAGCGACUGGAUGGCUGUCAUCCGCUCUCAAAGUAGUACCCAGCCUGCAGAGAAGGAUAAGAAGAAACGGAAAGAAGAAGGGAAAAGCCGAACUACACUUCCUGAGCGACCUUUGACUGAGGUGAAGGCUGAGACCCGGGCUGAGGAGGCCCCAGAGAAGAAGAAGGAGAAGCCCAAGUCACUGCGAACCACGGCACCCAGUCACGCCAAGUUCCGUUCCACUGGACUAGAGCUGGACACCCCUUCUUUGGUGCCUGUGAAGAAGAACUCCAGCACUGUGGUGGUGUCAGACAAAUACAAUCUGAAGCCCAUCCCCCUCAAGCGGCAGAGUGCCACAGCAGCUCCAGGAGAUGCUGCCCCACCUGCAGAGAAGAAGUACAAGCCCCUCAACACAACCCCCAACACCACCAAAGAAAUCAAAGUGAAGAUCAUCCCCCCACAGCCUAUGGAAGGCCUGGGUUUCCUGGAUGCUCUCAAUUCAGCUCCUGUCCCAGGCAUCAAAAUUAAGAAGAAGAAGAAGGUUCUGUCACCGACUGCUGCCAAGCCCAGCCCCUUUGAAGGGAAAACAAGCACUGAACCAAGCACAGCCAAACCUUCUUCCCCAGAGCCAGCACCUCCUGCUGAGCCCAUGGACACGGACCGCCCUGGCACCCCGGUGCCACCCGUAGAAGUCCCAGAGCUCAUGGAUGCAGCCUCCUCAGAGCCAGGAGCUCUGGAUGCAAAGCCUGUGGAGAGCCCUGGAGACCCCAGCCAGCUGACGCGGAAGGGCAGGAAGAGGAAAACUGUGACGUGGCCUGAGGAGGGCAAGCUGAGAGAGUAUUUCUACUUUGAACUGGACGAAACUGAGCGAGUGAAUGUGAACAAGAUCAAAGACUUUGGUGAGGCAGCUAAGCGUGAGAUAUUGUCAGACCGGCAUGCUUUUGAGACAGCCCGACGACUAAGCCAUGACAACAUGGAGGAGAAAGUGCCCUGGGUGUGUCCCCGGCCCCUGGUUCUACCCUCACCUCUCGUUAUCCCUGGAAGCAAUAGCCAGGAGCGAUACAUCCAGGCUGAGCGGGAGAAAGGCAUCCUUCAGGAGCUCUUCCUGAACAAGGAGAGUCCUCAUGAGCCUGAUCCUGAGCCCUAUGAGCCUAUACCCCCGAAACUCAUCCCCUUGGAUGAGGAGUGCUCCAUGGAUGAGACACCGUAUGUUGAAACCCUGGAGCCUGGAGUGUCUGGUGGCUCACCUGAUGGCGCAGGAGGCUCCAAGCUGCCUCCUGUUCUGGCCAAUCUUAUGGGAAGCAUGGGAGCUGGGAAGAGCCCCCAGGGCCCUGGAGGAGGAGGCAUCAAUGUCCAGGAGAUCCUCACCUCCAUCAUGGGCAGUCCAAACAGCCACCCUUCAGAGGAACUGCUGAAACAGCCAGACUACUCCGAUAAGCUCAAGCAGAUGCUGGUGCCACAUGGACUCCUAGGUCCUGGUCCUGUAGCCAAUGGCUUCCCACCAGGAGGCCCCGGGGGUCCCAAGGGUAUGCAGCAUUUCCCCCCUGGUCCUGGAGGGCCGAUGCCAGGUCCCCACGGAGGCCCUGGUGGACCAGUGGGUCCACGUCUACUGGGUCCCCCACCUCCUCGGGGAGGUGAUCCCUUCUGGGAUGGCCCAGGUGACCCCAUGCGAGGUGGCCCAAUGCGUGGAGGUCCUGGACCUGGUCCUGGACCAUACCACAGAGGCCGAGGAGGUCGUGGAGGAAAUGAGCCGCCGCCACCCCCUCCAUUCCGAGGAGCCAGAGGAGGUCGUUCUGGAGGAGGACCCCCAAAUGGCCGAGGGGGUCCUGGUGGAGGAGGCAUGGUUGGAGGUGGUGGGCACCGCCCACAUGAAGGCCCUGGUGGGAGCAUGGGCGGAAGCAGUGGACAUCGCCCCCAUGACGGCCCUGGUGGAGGAAUGGGCAGUGGACAUCGAUCCCAUGACGGCCCUGGUGGAGGAAUGGGCAGCGGACAUCGAUCCCAUGACGGCCCUGGAGGGGGAAUGGGCAGCGGACAUCGCCCCCAUGACGGCCCUGGAGGGGGAAUGGGCAGUGGACAUCGAUCCCAUGACGGCCCUGGAGGGGGAAUGGGCAGUGGACAUCGAUCCCAUGAUGGCCCUGGUGGAAGCAUGGGUGGUAGUGGUGGACAUCGUCCCCAUGAAGGCCCUGGACACGGGGGACCCCAUGGCCACCGGCCACAUGAUGUUCCUAGUCAUCGAGGCCAUGACCAUCGAGGGCCACCACCUCAUGAGCAUCGCGGUCAUGAUGGCCAUGGGGGAGGCGGCCACCGAGGGCAUGAUGGAGGCCACAGUCAUGGAGGAGAUAUGUCCAAUCGCCCCGUCUGUCGACACUUCAUGAUGAAGGGCAGCUGCCGCUAUGAGAACAACUGUGCCUUCUAUCACCCGGGGGUCAAUGGGCCCCCGCUGCCCUAAGCCUCCUGCCCCUCCCGCCCCUGUGGACUGCAGCCUUGCUCCUUCCACUCGGUUAUGGCUUCUGUGAGGCCCACUUCCCCUUUUCCCCAGCUGAUGAGGAGCCGGCCCCCUCAGUUCCCACCUGGUUGGGUUCCGGGGGGUUUCUGAUCACUGGUGCACAUUGAUGUACAUAUUCCCCUCCAGUCUGGAGAGGAGAGAGACUGGACACACUCUAGACGCUGGACUGCUGAGACUGCUGGCUUCACUUUGUGACGAGAUCUGCCCUGUUCCCCAAACCCCUUCCAGUAUUAGCCCCAAUGCCUGAGAACCUAAAGCUGGUCACGCUGGAGACCUCUGCUCUCCACUUGCACACAGAACUGAGUUGGUCAACUGCACUUAAGAAACUAUCCAAGCCAAGUCCAUAUCACAGGUUGAGGGGUGGUGAGGAGUACCAUAUAUCCCACUGCACUGAGGGCUCAAGCUGGCAGAAUUGAGUUCUGGAACCACCCCCCUUGUGCCCGCAUGGGCCAGUCACUGGUGAGUCCUUUCUCAAGGAAAACUGCAACUGUUAGGACCCAGGUCAUUGUGGGUCAGCUAGGUUCAGUGAUGGCUCAUUCACAGCCACAUCCAGUUAAACAUUGUAGCUGGCAGAGGGCAGACCUGCAGUGUUAGGCCACUCUUGCCUGCAGCCAUUUUAGAGACUCCAUUAAACACUUCCGUGAGACCAGUUUUCAUCAGCUUCACCGGGUAUACCAGGCCUUGUAUACCAGGCCUGAUGCACUACAUGCACUGCCUGUGGGAGUGGACUUGCUCCUUACCCCCUACGGAACCCUGUUAGUGUGAGGCUUCCUGGGCAGGUCAGCAGGAGUGGCCCUGUCCUGUCCUUCCUGGGCAGGUCAGCAGGAGUGGCCCUGUCCCUGUCCUUCCUGGGCAGGUCAGCAGGAGUGGCCCUGUCCGUCCUCUCCUUUCCCUGUCUUGGCGUCAGUUGUUUUCUAUGAAAACAGUGGGUUGGUUUUGUGCAGGGUCUUGGGUUAGAACCACAAUGGAUUUGAGGAGUUUUUUUCUUUUGAUUUUGUAUAUUUUGUACAUUAAUAAUAAACAGUGGAAAGAGAAGCAGCUUAUUUAA